AUGCGCACUGGCGAGUGUUGUGUCUCGGCUCCGGUAAGAUGGCGGCCGGCGGCAGUAAUGUAGCCCAAAAGACCUGGGAGCUCUCCAAUAACAUGCAGGAGGUGCAGAGCAUUGACGAGAUCUACAAGUAUGACAAGAAGCAGCAGCAGGAGAUUCUGGCUGCUAAACCGUGGACCAAGGAUCACCAUUACUUCAAGUACUGCAAAGUAUCCGCCCUGGCACUGCUGAAGAUGGUGAUGCAUGCCAGAUCUGGAGGAAACCUGGAGGUGAUGGGUCUGAUGCUGGGAAAGGUGGAUGGAGAAACCAUGAUUAUUAUGGAUAGCUUUGCUUUACCAGUGGAAGGGACAGAAACCCGGGUGAACGCACAGGCCGCUGCCUAUGAAUACAUGGCUGCAUAUAUCGAAAAUGCAAAGCAGGUUGGAAGACUUGAAAAUGCAAUUGGAUGGUACCACAGUCACCCUGGGUACGGCUGCUGGCUUUCGGGAAUAGAUGUCAGCACUCAAAUGCUAAAUCAACAAUUCCAGGAACCCUUUGUUGCUGUUGUGAUCGAUCCAACCAGGACAAUAUCUGCAGGCAAAGUCAAUCUUGGAGCGUUCAGAACAUACCCAAAGGGGUACAAGCCUCCAGAUGAAGGUCCAUCAGAAUACCAGACUAUCCCCUUGAAUAAAAUAGAAGAUUUUGGUGUGCAUUGUAAACAGUAUUAUGCUUUAGAGGUCGCUUACUUCAAGUCUUCUCUUGACCGCAAGCUACUGGAACUUUUGUGGAAUAAGUACUGGGUGAAUACACUAAGCUCUUCCAGUCUCUUAACGAAUGCGGACUACACGACGGGACAGGUAUUUGACUUGUCUGAGAAACUAGAGCAAUCUGAGGCUCAACUAGGCCGCGGAAGCUUCAUGUUGGGGUUAGAAACACACGAUAGAAAGUCUGAAGACAAACUAGCCAAAGCUACAAGAGACAGCUGCAAAACAACAAUUGAAGCAAUCCAUGGCUUGAUGUCACAAGUGAUAAAAGAUAAACUGUUUAAUCAGAUUAACACUUCAUAAUCCGAUUUCUGCUGGUUCUUGUGUUUUUUUUUGUUUGUUUGUUUCUCUCUGCCCAUAAGUUGCUUCUUUUAUGCAGAAGCUGUAAGAUGUCACCAGGUAGCACUUCCCAUGUUUGAGCAACGGAAUGCAUAGGAAAUGUUCAUAACUUUUCAGCAGUACCAAACACUUUCAACAGGGUUGCUUUCUGUGCAAAUAAAACUUCUGUGCAAAA